AAUAUAUAACCUCACUUUGUCCUCUUGGUGUAAUGUUGUUGAUGCAUUUAUGAAUACAUUUUUCAUUUAUCUUUCAUGAAUCGAAUUGAAAAUGGUUAGGCUCAUAAAUAAUAUAAAGAGCCUCUUCUUUACGAACUCUAGUAGAUAUGCAAGAAUCAUAACAAGACGCUUAAACAGCUCCGAUGCCUCAGGACAAAAUAUAGAUGUAAAGAAAAUACGCAACUUUAGUAUAGUAGCUCAUGUCGACCACGGUAAAAGUACACUUGCCGACAGAUUACUGGAAAUCACAGGUACCAUCAAACCAGGCGCGGAGAAUGCUCAAGUACUCGACCAACUGCAAGUAGAAAGAGAAAGAGGUAUAACAGUAAAAGCAGUAACUGCAUCAUUAAAUUAUACUUACAACAAUGAAACAUACCUUCUGAAUCUGAUUGACACUCCGGGACAUGUUGACUUUUCUAAUGAGGUUGUACGCAGUAUAACAGCAUGUCAGGGAGUCAUAAUGCUGGUUGAUGCAAAUGAAGGUAUCCAAGCACAGACAGUAGCAGUCUACUCAUUGGCUAAAAAGAACAACUUACUCAUAAUUCCAACUUUAAACAAAGUGGACCUACCUCGAGCUGACCCAGCAAAAGUAAAAUCACAGUUACACUCACUAUUCAAGAUAGAACCAGAUAGUGUUAUGAGUAUUUCAGCAAAAAGAGGAUGGGGGGUUAAAGAGUUACUAGAAGCCGUUAUCACCAGAAUACCGCCACCGUCAGUAGAUACGAAGGGUCAUUUUCGCGCGCACGUUAUAGAUACGUGGCAUGACAAGUAUAGAGGUGUUCUAUGUCUCAUUUACAUACAUUCUGGUAAGGUUCAAGUAGGUCAAGCUGUGAAGUGGAAGUCGGAUUUGAAACCACACACUGUGAAGUUCCUCGCGAUGUUGCGACCGAGUGAGGACCCCGUCGAAGAGGCUGUAGCUGGACAAGUUGUUAUGGUAGGUUGCGGUCCAAAAGCCGGCGGCAAAGUCGGCGAUCAGCUACUUGCGAAGGAAGUAGGCGAUGAUGAUGAAGGUUCUUCAGCACCUCCAGUGAAGCAUAUGGUGUACGCAGGUAUAUUCCCUGCAGACCAAUCACAGCAUCCGCAACUCAGUGACUCCAUUAAGAAACUGGCUUUGAAUGAUUCAGCGGUGACUGUUACUCCAGAUUCUAGUCCCGCAUUAGGGCAAGGAUGGCGCAUUGGUUUCUUAGGACUCUUGCAUCUGGAAGUGUUCACACAACGUUUACUUCAAGAAUACAAAGCUGAAGCGAUAUUGACUGCGCCUUCGGUGCCUUAUAAAGUUAAGAUAAAAGGGGCUAAAGCAAUCAAACAGUACAAAGGAGAUGAGGUUAUUGUGACGAAUCCUUUACUCUUGCCUGAUGUCAAGAACAUAGAGGAGUACUACGAACCUUUUGUUAUAGGUACAAUAAUAACUCCAGUGGAGUACAUCGGCGCGGUCACAACACUCUGCCACGACAGGCGAGGUACCCCGCUGCCCAGUAACGCGGUAGACGACAAUAUGACCAUGCUGCAAUACGUUCUACCUCUAAGCGAAGUCGUCAUAGAUUUUCACGACACGCUAAAAAGCAUUACCUCUGGUUUCGCCAGUUUCGAUUACCAGGAUUAUGGAUUCCAUCCCAGUGCGUUGGUCAGGAUGGAUAUCCUUCUCAAUGGAAUAUUGGUCGAUGAGCUAUCAACUAUUGUACACACGAGUCGACUAGAAUACAACGCCAGAAGAUUGACGGAAAAACUUAAAGAAAUGAUCCCGAGGCAGAUGGUUCAGGUCGCUAUUCAGGCUGUUGUUGGUGGUAAAGUUUUGGCACGAGAAACUUUAAAAGCAUACCGAAAAGACGUGACUGCUAAACUUUAUGGUGGUGACGUAACGCGUAAAAAGAAGCUCCUAAAGCAGCAAGCAGAAGGAAAAAAGAAAAUGCGCAGUGUUGCCAACAUUAGAAUACCAAGAAAUACCUUUAUAGAUGUAUUAAAGAGAUAGUAAAUAAACGAAUGUUAGUUAUGUAUGGAGUAUGGA